UGACUUAGUAACGUGACGGGAGUCCAUAAACCCCUUUCGCUCUGCAACUUUUCUUGGAGGAAAAGAAAACCCCUUAAAAAUCCCACUCAUUGAUUUAUUUUCCCCGUCUGUCCGCCAAAAGAGAAAGCGAGCAAGAGAAGGUUUAGCAACCGAGUGUGUGUGAAAACGACGACGUAAAAGAUGUUCAGGAACCAGUACGAUACGGAGGUUACGACAUGGAGCCCAGCGGGGAGGCUGUUCCAGGUGGAGUACGCCAUGGAAGCCGUGAAGCAAGGUUCGGCGGCCAUAGGGCUUCGAUCCAAGACCCACGUGGUCUUGGCCUGUGUAAACAAGGCCAACUCAGAGCUGUCUUCUCACCAGAAGAAGAUCUUCAAGGUCGACGACCACAUCGGCGUCGCCAUUGCCGGUCUCACCGCCGACGGUCGGGUUCUUUCCCGCUACAUGCGAUCUGAGUGCAUCAACUACAACUACACCUACGAAUCGCCGCUUCCCGUGGGACGGCUCGUCGUGCAACUUGCUGACAAGGCUCAGGUCUGCACUCAACGCUCAUGGAAACGACCAUAUGGUGUUGGACUGCUAGUGGCUGGAUUGGAUGAAUCUGGAGCACACCUCUAUUACAACUGUCCAAGCGGGAACUACUUUGAAUAUCAGGCUUUUGCCAUAGGGUCUCGCUCACAAGCGGCAAAGACAUACUUGGAACGCAGGUUUGAGAACUUCAAGGAUUCUUCAAGGGAUGAUCUGGUUAAGGAUGCGCUUAUUGCAACAAGGGAAACAUUGCAGGGGGAAAAACUGAGGAGCUCCAUAUGCACAAUUGCUGUUGUUGGAGCUGGGGAGCCAUUCCAUAUAUUAGAUCAGGAAACUGUGCAACAGUUGAUUGAUGCAUUUGAGAUUGUGGUGGACGAUGAGGGGCCUGCUUCCGAACCAGGAGCAGCUGCUGAUGAGGGAGCUGCUGCAGAAGAGGGUGCUGGUACGGAUACUGGUGCUGGUACGGACACUGGUGCUGGUGCUGACCAGGGAUCAGGUGCAGCUCCAAUGGAAAUUUGAGGAUGCUAGAAGCCAUUGUCUUUUCAUGCCCAUUUCAAUCAGGUUUUCUAGCAUGUAUUUGUUAAGAGUAUGGAUGGCACAAUGGAAGACAAUAUUUUCUCUUUGGGAUUUCGUUACUUUUUCUUUAGCCUUUUGGGUGUCUGCGAUUUGUCUUUGCCUCAUCAGUACAAACAUUUUAACGGAUACGAUUGGUGGAUUUAAAUUUAUAUUUCA